AACCCCUUACAAACUCGUCGCAGCACCUCACAGAGCUCCGGCUAUGCCCUGCCCACUGACUCUAAUCUAAAAACUUCUUGGGGGGUUGGGGAAAGGAGGGGGGGGGAUUCUUGUCGUCUUCUCCGCCUCAGAUAUGGGCAUUCCUUUCGACGACGACGUCGUCUUGAUCCAACAUGGCAAGGAGCCCGGCGAGCCCUCCGUCAUCACGGUGAAUUGCCCUGACAACGCCGGGCUCGGGUGCGAUCUUUCUAGAAUAAUCCUCGAGUUCGGACUUACCAUUGCCAGAGCAGAUUUUUCAACGGAUGGAAGAUGGUGUUACAUAGUCUUGUGGGUUGUUCCACACGAGAGUUCGGUUAGAGUUGAUUGGGAAAGCUUGAAAAGCCGGCUUUUAUCGGUAUGCCCUUCUUGUUUGUUUUCCUAUUACUUCAAUCAGCACGCGAAUGGUACCUCGCCGCCUCCAUUAUACCUUUUGAAGUUUUGGUGCCUUGACCAAAAAGGGUCGUUACAUGAUGUUACUAAGGUGCUCUGUGAGCUUGAACUUUCAAUUCAGAGAGUAAAAGUUAUGCCAGCCCCAGAUGGCAGAGUGUUGGACCUGUUCUUCAUCACGGAUGAGAUGGAGCUGUUGGAGACAAAAGAGAGGCGAGAUGAUGUAUGCAAACAUCUGAUGGCUGUUCUAGGAAAGAAUUUUAUUACCUGUGAAGUUCAGUUGGCAGGGCCUGAGUACGAACGUUUGCAGGGCUUCUACUCUCUUCCACCUGCAGUUGCUGAAGAAUUAUUUAGUUGUGAGCUGUCAAACAAGGGCACCUGCAUUUUACAGGAUCUCAACCCAAAUAUUUCAACAGUAAAGAAGGCAACUAUUAAGGUUGAUAAUUCGUUGAGCCCAGCGCAUACUUUGCUUCAGGUGCAAUGUAUUGAUCAGAAGUGCCUGCUUUAUGACAUUAUGAGGACCUCCAAGGACUGUGAUAUUCGGAUUGCCUAUGGUAGACUUUCUUCAAGCGUGAAAGGCUUCAGAAAUAUGGACCUAUUUAUCCGGCAAACAGAUGGGAGGAAGAUUGUGGAUCCAGAGAGUCAGAUUGCAUUGUGUUCUCGCUUGAAGGAGGAGAUGCUUCAUCCGUUACGGGUUAUUAUCGUCAAUCGGGGUCCUGAUACAGAACUCUUGGUUGCUAAUCCGGUUGAGUUAUCUGGAAAGGGAAGGCCCCGUGUAUUCUAUGAUGUUACUUUUGCUCUAAAAACAUUAGGAAUAUGCAUUUUCUCGGCUGAAGUUUUAAGGCAUUCAACAUCAGAUCGCCAGUGGGAAGUCUACAGAUUUCUCUUGGAUGAAACACGUGAAUUCCAUUUGGGAAGCAGUCGAGCUAGAAGUCAGAUUGUUAACAAAGUUAGAAGAACAUUGAUGGGUUGGUGAGCUGCUCAUUUGCUACCUCUUUUAUGAGGAAUGCAGUUUUCCAUCAGAAUAGUAUGCGUCACUUUGUUUUCUUUACCCAUUAACACCUCUUCACUACAAGUGUAUCUUUGUUUGCUGAUGUGAACAGAUGACUUUCUGAGAUUGUCCAGAUCCAUUAAUGUUGCCGCAAGGCUCACCACUGUAACUGUAAACCAUCUGACUUUUUUUUGAUUUUCUGGCUUAAUAAUUUUGUAACCCGUGUUAAGUUCCUGGUUCUUCA